GGGAGUUGUAGUUCACAGUGGCACUUCAGCACAGCGUCUGAAUAAACCACCGCACUACAUUUCCCAUGAGGCAUAGCGAGCGUGAGUUUACCACUGUCAACAAAGGGGCGCGGGUGGUAGGUGGGGACACCGGUCCUGCACGGUUGCUAUAGCAACUUAUCCGCAAACUGGACGCAUCCCGAGCUGAGCGGAUUGGAGACUGUGCAUGCUAUACAUAGGUGUUACACAUCCGGCCAGGGAAAGAAUAUGUCUGCUUCUAAUAGAUCAUCUACAGAUAUAGGAACAGAGAAAAAACCGACAGCACCUACCUGUACAAAUCUGGGUAACCCAGUAUUUUCCUGUACAAUGAAUCCGAGACCAGCUACCAGCAGCAUAUUCCAGGCCAAACAAGAAAACAUCCUGUUCAGAACUACAGCUAGUGAAUACGGGGCGCUGCGUCCCUCCUAUGAGACGGCACCGUGUUAUCACUAUCCAAUGUCUCAAAUGUUUUCAGAACACUUGGCUACUUGUGGGAUGUACCGAAAUCACUCUUUAAACACUGUGGUUGAUAAGAACAGGGUAUGCGACUGCAUAAACCUGCAUAAUACAUUAUAAUUAACUGGAUGUUGUCAAUAAUUUAUGGUCACCAUUAAGCAUUAUAUGUAUAUUUUAUUACAAAAGACCCAGUGUAAAUGUAGUAAUGGUUAUCCUGCAGUGCAAACAAACAAACAUCGAUAUUUAAUUUGACACUAAUAAAAUCACCUAUUUUAACUGUAA